AUGGCGGCCUUCGCGUCUCCUCAGCGCGGGCUGCCCCCUCACGACCGCCGAUCCUCCCCGCCGGGGGGGGCUCUCUUCCUCCCGUCGUCCUCUCGCCGGCUCCCGGCCAAGAUGGCGCUGCUGGCGGUGAGGCCUCGGCGGUGGGCGGCCGCCAAUGUCGCCUGGCAACGGGGGCUUCACGGGGCCCCUCGGGCCCGGCAGAUUCCUGAGACAUUCAGGCAAGCCGCGCUGCGGAGAGACUAUUCAAGGCAUUUAUUAAAUGCUACAAAGACUCUUCAAGUGUGGCCUCUACUGGAAAAAAGAUGGUGCUGGCACGGCCAUGCUGGCGGUGGACUACACACCGAUCCAAAGGAAGGGCUGAAGGACGUCGACGCCCAGAAAAUCAUCAAGGCAAUGUUAUCGUACGUGUGGCCCAAGGACAGGCCAGAUCUCAGAGCCCGAGUGGCCGUUUCCUUAGGCUUCCUGGCGGGGGCCAAGGCCAUGAAUAUAGUGGUUCCCUUCAUGUUUAAAUAUGCAGUAGACAACCUCAACCAGAUGUCGGGAAACAUGCUGAACCUGAGCGAUGCACCGAAUACAGUCGCAACCAUGGCAACGGCCGUCCUGAUUGGCUACGGCGUCUCUCGAGCCGGCGCCGCCCUGUUCAACGAAGUCCGCAAUGCCGUGUUCGGCAAAGUGGCCCAGAACUCCAUCCGGAGGAUAGCCAGGAACGUCUUCCUCCACCUCCACAACCUGGACCUGGGCUUCCACCUCAGUCGGCAGACGGGCGCCCUGUCCAAAGCCAUAGAUCGAGGGACGCGGGGAAUCAGUUUCGUUCUGAGCGCCCUGGUCUUCAACCUGGGUCCCACCAUGUUCGAAGUGGCUUUGGUCAGCGGCAUUUUGUAUUACAAAUGUGGGGCUCAGUUUGCCGUCGUAACCCUAGGAACCCUAGGAGCGUACACCGCCUUCACAGUGGCAGUUACCCAGUGGAGAACGCGAUUCAGAAUCGAAAUGAACAAGGCUGAUAACGACGCCGGCAACGCCGCCAUAGACUCACUGCUCAACUACGAAACUGUGAAGUACUUUAAUAAUGAAAAGUAUGAAGCCCAGAGGUACGACGGAUUUUUGAAGACGUACGAAUCCGCCUCCCUGAAGACUACCACCACCCUGGCGAUGCUGAACUUCGGACAGAAUGCCAUCUUCAGCGUCGGCCUGACAGCCAUCAUGGUGCUAGCCAGCCAGGGAAUUGUAGCCGGUUCUCUGACGGUCGGAGACCUGGUCAUGGUGAACGGGCUGCUGUUUCAGCUUUCCCUCCCCCUCAAUUUCCUGGGAACCGUGUACAGGGAGACGAGGCAGGCGCUCAUAGAUAUGAACACCCUGUUCACUCUGCUGAAGGUGGACACCCAGAUUAAAGAUAAAGCGAUGGCGGCUCCCCUUCAGAUCACACCGCAGACAGCUACCGUCGUCUUUGAUAAUGUGCAUUUUGAGUACCUCGAGGGACAGAGAGUCCUUAGUGGAAUUUCUUUUGAAGUCCCUGCGGGAAAGAAAGUGGCCAUCGUAGGAGGUAGUGGGUCAGGGAAAAGCACAAUCGUGAGGUUGUUAUUUCGCUUCUAUGAGCCCCAGCGGGGAGGCAUUUAUAUCGCCGGCCAAAACAUUCAAGACGUCAGCCUGGAGAGCUUAAGGAAAGCCGUGGGCGUGGUCCCUCAGGACGCCGUUCUCUUCCACAACACCAUCUACUAUAACCUCUUAUACGGGAACAUCAGUGCCGCCCCCGAAAGCGUUUAUGCCGUGGCGAAGUUGGCCGGGAUCCACGAUGCCAUCCUCCGGAUGCCCCACGGCUACGGCACCCAGGUCGGAGAAAGAGGCCUCAAGCUUUCGGGAGGAGAGAAGCAGAGGGUUGCGAUCGCCCGGGCCAUUCUGAAAGACCCUCCCAUCAUCCUGUACGACGAGGCCACAUCAUCUCUGGAUUCUAUUACGGAAGAGAACAUCCUCGGGGCCAUGAGGGACGUGGUGAAGCACAGGACGUCCAUUUUCAUCGCCCACCGGCUUUCGACGGUAGUCGACGCCGAUGAAAUCAUCGUCCUGGAUCAGGGUAAAAUAGCCGAACGUGGCACACACAGCGUUCUCUUGGCCAAGCCCGGCAGCAUCUACUCCGAAAUGUGGCACGCGCAGAGCAGCCGGGCACUGAGCAACGGCUCCAGAUGGGAAGAGAAAAGAGAGAACACGUCCAAAGAGGAGGAAAGGAAGAAGCUUCAGGAGGAAAUCAUCAACAGCGUGAAAGGCUGCGGAAACUGUUCCUGCUAAGUGCCGCUGAGCACUCCCAAGCGUUCCUCCGGCUUUUCACUCUCCAUUUUUAAUCUCCGAGUGAAAUGGCGGCACACGUUCUCACUGGAGUGGAACUCCUUCUUUAUUUAAAAACAAGAAUCAAAACGUUCCCCCCCCCCUUUUUUUUUCUCCUUUUAAUCUUUCUCCGGGGUACUAUGACUUUAGCCAAAGGAAUUUAUUUUUACACCUGUCAAAAAUCUGUUUAAUGAAGUCUUCAUUCACUUUUGUCA